AGAAUGGACUUCCUGUUUGCUGCUGGCCGCCGCCAGACGUUCCUUUGGGAUCGUCAGCUUCCACUGCCUGUCAGAGCCGCCUUCACAACGGAACGGCGGCUCGAAAAAACUCCGUUCCCAUGAGGAAACGGAGAUAGAGCCGGCAGGGGUGGGUAGAACUCUCUGCAGAGUCCCAAAAGUUUUUCUUUUACUUUUGGGAUGGAGCGGAUGAGAUGCCCCAUAUCCCCAGCCGCUGCUCCGGGCUUUGGGAGACCUCUGCUAAUGCAGAGCCAGGCGUCAAAAGCAAGCCUGCGAAUUUGACAGAUUACUCAAAGAAAAUGUGAGCUGGACCUGUAAUACUGAAGCGCAAGUAUUUUACUUAUCUUUUAAAAAUUACUUAAGAGAAUAGAGGAAGAGAAAGAGGAAAAAAGUUUCUUUUUAAAAUGGCGUCUGCCGCGGCUGGAGAAGAGUUUGAGAGGGAAAGUUCUUCCGUUUUUUAUUAUUACAAUGUAGCGGAAUAAAUACCACUGGCUACAUUUGUAGACAAAACUCCGCUCCUGUUUUUGUUUUUCUCUUUUUCCCCUGGAGGCAUUGUUGCUGGCUGGAAGUCUUUUGUCUUGUUUUUUUUUUUUUUUUCUUCUAACAAAGCCUGCUUAGGCGGAAACAUGGCACUGAGGCUUGUGAAGUCAGACAAACAAAUAGGUGGGGGGGAUUCCCCCACUAAGAAUUUAAAGGAACAAGUUUUAACUCUUCAGUCCCAGAAACCUGAUUUUAAUAUAAUAGAAUUUCUCUUAGAGGAGAUUGAAAGAAGGGAUGAGAUUGUGAAUCAGCAACUUGAAAAAUUUAAGCAGGAAACUAAGGAAUUGGUGAAAUCCAAGUUUGACUUUUUGCAGCAAAAAAUUUUAAAAGUGUCAGAAUUCAUGAUUCGGUUGGAUACAAAUACUAAUUUACUAGAGUCAAAAAUGGAUGAAAUUCAAGAUAAAUUGGACAAUAGAAUUCAAAAAAUUGAAAAUGAUUUGUUAAAUAUUCAGGAUUAUAGUUCAGAAGAAAAAUUUAAAAUGGAUGCUGACCAAAAGUCUGGUAAUGUAGAAAAUCUGCAACAGAGGAUUGAAAAAGAGGUUCUAAAGAUACAAUAUAAUUUCACAGAAUAUGCAAUAAGACUUAGAGGUUUGCAGGAAAAUAACAGAGAUGACUUAAGGAAAAUAUCUUCUGAAUUUCUAGCUGGGAUUUUAAAGAUUCAACCUGAGGAAGUGUUUUGUAGGAUUGACAGAGCUUAUCGAAUAAACUCCUGGACUGCCAAGCAAAGGCAAUUGCCUAGAGAUGUGGUAAUCUAUUUUUCAGAUAAAGAAAUUAGGAAUAAAAUUGUGCAAAAUUCCUUCAAUUCUAAUUUGCAAUUGUAUGGAAGAAAGAUUUGGAUUUACAAGGAACUCCCACCUAAGAUAUUAAUGGAAAGGAAGAAAUUUGGCUUUCUGGUGUCUGAGUUAAAAAGGAGAAAUAUUCAAUUCCGGUGGGACGUCCCAGUUGGUAUUAUAUUGAGAUAUCAAGGAGAAAGAUACCAGUUAAAUACUGUUGAAAGAGCGGAAGAAUUUUAUCAAAAUAGGUUGAAAAUGAAUUUAACGUCUUCAGAUAUAAUACAGGAUAAGCAGAAGGAGCUGGAACUAAAGACAGAGACUGUACCAGAUAAAUUGCCUUUGGAUUUAUCGGAUACCCCAGCUGGAUUAUCUACAAAUUUGAGAGAAGUGCCAUCUGAUUUUAAUGUGAUGACUUAUCAAGGCAAGGACAAGCAUGGAAACCAAUUAGAGGAUAUACAAGGGAUAAAAAAGAAAUGCGAGACACAAAAAAUUAGGAUGGAAGUCAAACCCACAAAAAGAAAACAAAAAAAGAAAUAGGUUGUACAAAAAUAGAAAUUUCUAACCCAAGCAACAGUGAAGCCAGUGAUUUUAAAAUAUGAAUGAUUAUGUGAAAACAUAGAGGAGGCGACAUAUUGGUCAAUAUCAUCCUGAGGAUAGUGGCAGAUCUCUGCAUUGCCGUAAUUUUGGGACAUGGAAAGAGCCUCAAAUUGAUGGUUUUGAAUUAUCUACUUUGAAACUUCUUUUUGUGUUGAUAAAUAUAUUAUAAUUAUCUUGAAUUAUAAGGCAAGAGAAUCACAUUGGGACAUGCAGAAGAUCGGGUUGUUACCCAAUACGAUGAUGGAAAUUAAUAAUCCUGAUGAAACCCACAAUUAUUAUUAUAUGGAAUAUAAUUAUAAUGUCACUCGGGUGGUUGUUUUUACUUUUAUAUAUAUAAGAAGAUGUUUACUACUGAUGGGGGCAGAUAUGAUUGGAGAUCUUGAAUAAACUGUUGCAUCAGCAAGCUAUGUUACCCUAUUAUGGAUGUUGGUUUUAACAAUCCAGUGGAAAGACUUCAAGAAGAUAUUAUAUGGACUAUAAAUUUAAAGUUAUUGUCUUUUCUUUUUUUAUUUAGAUAUAAUGGAAUAUAUAUAUAUAUAUAUUUUUAAGUAGUGUGGGCAGUGAAUUAAAGAUAUCAAGAAUUGUUGUGUAUGGUAAAUUUGUAAGACAGUGGGUGAAUAAGCUAGCUACAGACUGAUUAGUUUAAGAAAAGGGAUUUUUAAGUGAUACAUUUAGGGGAGUGGAGGAAAUGGAUAGAGUGGAAUAAAUGUUAAAUUAGAUUUUAUGGGGAGCCCGCUUUGAAAUGUUAUUAAAGUAGGACUUAUCGUAUAGUUUUAAAGUGGAAGGUGGUUUUGAAUUGUUGCAAUAAUGUAUAGAUAUAAAACACUAUUAUGCUAAAUUAGAAGUUAUUUUAUAAUAGUUAUAGUAUAAUGUGUUUGUUUUUUUUUGUUUUUUUUCUCUUCUUCUUUUCUGAAAUGUAUGGAUAAAGGGGGAUUUAUAAUACUUUUAGUAAGUAAAGGGGGGGGAAAAAGGGGGAAAAAUUUGUAUUUGAAAACCUUUUCAAUAAAAAAAAAAAAAAAAAGAAUAGCCAGAAUGUUCCAGAAUAAAUCGGAGAAAUGUUGGAAAUGUCAUCAGACCCCAGGAUCCUAUUACCACAUAUGGUGGACAUGUGUAGAAGCAAGGAGAUAUUGGACUAAGAUACACACGUGGUUGGAAAAAAUGAUAAAGAGACAUAUUGACUUUAAACCAGAGAUAUUUUAUUAGGGAUUAUACCGGAGACAUAUAGUAAAGAACUGCAAUAUUUAAUUGUGAAUCUUUUGACAGCAGCUAGAAUUGUAUUUGCUAAAAAUUGGAAAGGAGAAAAGUUACCUAAUGAUGAAGAAAUUAUAAAGAAAAUGAUGGAAUGUGCUGAAAUGAAUAAACUGACAUUUGAAAUAAGAGAGCAGGAAGAUAGACAAUAUUACUUGAUAUGGGAUCUAUUUUACCAAUGGAUAGAGAAUAAGAAUUGGAAAUAAUUAUGAUAUAAAUGGAUGUUGAAACUUUUGGAAAUAAGCUAGCAUGUUUAAUGAUAAAUUGAAGAGAAGAGAAGCACAAAAAUGCCACCGACUGAUGCACUGUCUAAAAUUGUAUGGAAUGGUAAUGCUUUUAUGUUUUGUUUUGUUUGUGUUUUUGAAAAUAAAAACAAAAUUCUAUUAAAAAAAAAGAACUCC